AUGGCAACUGCUGCUACAAGCGUCCUAGAGGACACGACGAACGAAUCCACGAAAGCCGUUCACCGCUGGUGUAGCAAAAGCAAGACUCAGACACCGACGUCAAAGAUGUCUGCUCCACUAGCAGAGCGCACAAACACCAGAAGCACAUUCACCACCACCACCAACGGCUCUACGACCUUUUUGCCUGAGCUCUACAGCACUCCGCCUAUGCCAACGUUCCAAAAACCCAAUAUGGAAACACCAACACCACUGAAGAAAGGCAAGGACAGGGUCGAAAACACUCCAACUCGACCAUACAUUCCACGUCGACCCGUGGGCGACUUGGGCGCACAGUCUCGCGCCGCUGCUCCGAGAUCACGCGCUUUCUACACCACGACGCCCCUCAUCGAUCGUGUCCAAGAGACUCCACCACUACCGUCAGCCUGGGUUAGAGACCACGACCGAGCAAUCUGCAUCCUCGACGCCAGAAAUUACACCUUGCCGGCUAUCGUGGCAAAGAUUCGUCGAACUUUCCCUCAAAUCCGUGGCACCCUCACUCCUGCCAUGAUCGACAAACGCCUGAGACAACUUGAUCAAGAUGUCUACAUAAAUUACUGGAGCGUCGGACUGGCCAAGAGCGAUGAGCGUGACAAGGAGAGAUCGCGAAAGCUCAUGAUGAGCCCGGUCAACGAGGCUGGAAAGGACGACAGUAAAGCAUUGCUGGAGAACGAUGAUACUUUCAGGCUGGAUAAAUCGGACAUGGCUGCUUUGAGGGUGAUUGCACAUGACCAAUGGCUUUGA